AGAAAUACUUUUGGCCAUUCAGCCAGACGAUCUCUGUCGAUAUUUCAAUGAGCUUGCAUUUGGUGUCCAGGUUCCUGGACCAGACGAUAGGCCUACUUUGAAAAGGGCUAACGGUAUUCUCUUCGAAAAGAAGGCGAUAUCAUGGUACAUGCCACGAAAUAAUGAGUGGGACUUAGUAGAUGAGAAGGGUAACCCAACUAUAUCACUGGCGCUGAACAAUCUGAUCAAACAAGUUGCACGUUGGGAGCUUCGUGGCGAAGGGUUAACCGCCCAUCUGAUUGAAAGGCUCGACGAUCGUGCUGAUCCGUCCACUUUGAUUUUAGAGUGGAUGUUCACUGCCAAUGGUCAAACUGGUAGGGAUGAUCAGUUGAAAACUGACUACUCAAGGAGUGCACUGAAGAGAAUAGUAGCACUAGAUGAGUUUGAGGCAAUGGGAUCGGUGUCUGACAUAGGUACACAUAGUUUUAGGAAAUGUCCAUGCACAUAUGCCCAACGUAGGGGAAGUACCAAGGAUGACGCUAAUGCUAGGGGUAGAUGGGCUAUGAAACCUGACGGAACACCGAGAUACAGACAAAGAAGGCAAGUGGACACAUAUACAAGUAAUCUGAUGCCUUAA